AUGAUUGAGAACAUUCGUGACAAGUUACAACAUUGGUUUCAUGAUCGACGUGAGGAAUCACAGAGUUGUGCAAGUGUGCUAACCCCGGCUCAAGAAGAUAAGCUCUUCAAGACUCUAGAUGUGGCAAGAAAGGUAUAUGUAGAACCACUGGAUCAAUUUUGCUUCUCCGUGAGAUGUGCAUGUAAUUUCGGAUACAUUGUGGACUUGAAUGAUAACACGUGCACGUGUAGACGGUUUCAGUUGGAGAAUUUUCCAUGUACACAUGCAGUGGCAGUGGCUAUGCAUAAAGGAUUACCACUACACACCUUAUGCAGUGUGUAUUACAUGACUGAUUAUUGGAGAGCAGCAUAUGCGGAAACAAUAUUUCCUAUACCAAAUGAAGUCAAGUGGGAAGUGCCCGACCACAUUCUCCCACUGAAUAACUUGUUGCCACCAGCAGUUGGACCACGUACUCCUGGACGUACACGUACGUCUAGAAUACCAUCUACCGGAGAGUUUCCCCAGUCUCAUAAGUGCGGUAGGUGCGGUGCAACAAGGCAUACUAGAAGAUAUUGUACAAGUCAGAUUCCUCUACAUAACAAUGUAACAGAUGUGUAA